AUGGUACGCGAGCUGGCGGCCCUAAAUUUAUUUUUGACAGAGGAGCAGUUGGCCAAAUUCGACGAAAGUGAGUUACAGGUGCGGUUGGACUUAAUCGAGCGCAUGUACUCUGACUUCGAUAGCUUUCGACUUAACCUCGAGCGGCUUGUGAUUGCGGAGCUGGAGUCAGAUGCGCGCUUAACCUUUACCGCGGAAUAUUGUGAGACCAAGAGAAGAAUCUGCCGCCAUCUCAUUAGUGAGAAGAGAAAGUCGUUGGCAAAUUCAACUGAGUUGCAGGGCAUCCUCGGUGGACACACAGCCACCUUCAAUUGCAAUUCGCGGCCCACCUGGCUACCGGAAUUUUACUUUCCGCGAUUUGGCAAAGCAUACAUCGAUUGGCCGGAUUUCUACGCCAUGUUCAACACGGUAGUGGGAAAGAACGAAGAUCUAACUAAGAUGGAAAAAUUCCAGCAUUUUCGUACAUGUUUGGACGGCACAGCACUGGGCGCAAUUCGCUCGCUGAAUCUCACGGAAAAUAAUUAUGACAGGGCUUUGGAAUUGUUAACGUCGAGAUUUGAUAAUAAAUUAUCGCACCUUUAG